AUGGUAACUGGUAAACAGAACUAGUGGGUGAACAAGCUGCCCAAGUUCUCAUGCUCCAGUGAUACUGAUGAACCAAACAACGCCGUCGUUUUGACAGUAUAGACAAACAUCAACAACUUGGCUCUACUCUAUUUUUAGCAAAAGGAACUAAGAAAUAGCCUCAGAGAUCAUCAUUACUUCACUUCACUUGGAAUUCAAGAAUCUAUUUUGAAUUUCCUUUCACGGUUUGGCCUCAGUUUUCCGCCAUUUUCACUCUGACUUUCUGUGGAAGAACACAACUGCUCGAUUUCCCCUAGCUCAGUGAAAACCGAAUUGCUUCCCACAGUUGCAUCCAAUCUCCUCAGCUAAGUUUACUUCUUUUUAACUUUUACCCUCUCUUUACAUUGAUUCUCCUCUACAUUUUCAUCCGGGCUUAAUUUUGUUUCUCUUUUCCCUGCUGCUUGCUCCUCUCUUCAUUUAGUUUUCAAUUUUGUAUCAUGUCCAAGGUUCAGUUGAAGAUCUGAAAUUUUGUGAGUUCAAUCAUGCUCAUCUUUGACGGUAAGUGUGCCAAGAGUAGAUGCAUCAGUUAGAUAUAUUGGACUAGCAGUUGAGCAUAAGAAUAUUAUGCAAAGCAAAAGUUGGGGAUGAAGAAGUGGACUGGGGGUGUGUUGAUAAUAGGCCUUGCUUUGGUUCUGGUUCUCAGCUACAGUUUUAUUGGGAAAUCUGAAUCUUCAAAAAAACAGUCUGCCUAUGAUUUCUUCAAUGCACAUCCAGUCAAAGAGGAUCAUUCCGAUGUCAAUACCAAUGCUAGCGAUGAGUUAUCCGAAGCGAAAGCUAAAAGGCUGCAUACUGUUGGGUCAAAACCCAAGUUUAGAAAUUUUAAAGGGUUGGGUUAUUUGUACAGAUUGAGUAAAAAUAUGACUAGAGAUGAUUCUAACGCAUUGCUUGCAUGGGAGCAAAUGAGAUUUUUGUUUCCAAGAUCGGAUGCGUUGCCUGACACAGCUCAAGGGAUAAAAGAGGCCGGUAUUAUGUGGAAAGAUUUACUCUUGAUGAUUGAGAAGGAUACUGUUUCAAAACUUGGGGAUGCUACUAUGAACAAUGCUUGUCCACGUUUUGUUACCGCAUCUAAUGCAACAUUGUUGAGGAAUGAGACUUUUCUUGAGAUCCCUUGUGGUCUAGUCGAGGACUCUUCUGUUACUGUAAUUGGGGUACCCGAUUCACUGCAAGAGAGUUUUCAAAUUGAAUUGAUUGGCUCACAACUCAAGGAGGAGCUAAAGCCUCCAAUUGUAUUGCAAUACAAUGUGCUUUUACCAGGCCAGAAUUUGACAAAAGAGCCUAUAACUAUUCAGAAUACAUGGACCCAAGAAUCUGGGUGGGGCAAGGAGGAGAAGUGCCCUGAUCAUGAUGCAUCUGAUCUUCUGAAAGUUGAUGGACUGGUUAAGUGCAAUACACAAAUGGUUAGAAGAACUGCAGAGGACAAUCUAAAUGCAAGUCAUCCUGCAAACAGAAAAUUAAGUAAUGUUUCUGAAGGGAGCACCCAUGCAAGUGCUGCCCUGCACUUUGUUGAAGGCAACCCAUUUGCUGCCACACUGUGGGCUGGCUACGAGGGUUUUCAUAUGACAGUGAAUGGAAGGCACGAAACAUCAUUUGCAUAUAGAAAGAGACUUGAACCUUGGUUGGUUAAUAGAGUCAACGUGAAAGGUGGCUUGAAUAUUGUAUCUAUCCUAGCGAAAGGACUGCCUGUUAGUGAAGAUGUGGAUUUAGAUGGUGAUGCUCAAAAGCUCAAAGCUACAUCACUUUCUGAUAAAAGGCUAGUGUUGUUAAUUGGGGUUUUCUCAUCGGGGAAUAAUUUCGAGAGGCGUAUGGCACUAAGAAGAACUUGGAUGCAAUAUGAUGCAGUACGUUCAGGGGAUGUGGUUGUCCGCUUCUUCAUUGGACUUCACAAGAAUAAAGAGGUGAACUUCAAGCUCUGGAGAGAAGCUGAAGCAUAUGGAGAUAUCCAGCUGAUGCCUUUUGUUGAUUAUUACGGCUUGCUCACUUACAAAACCAUUGCUAUUUGCAUCCUGGGGACUAAAAUACUCCCUGCUAAAUACAUCAUGAAAAUGGAUGAUGAUGCGUUUGUAAGGAUUGAUGAAGUUCUAUCAAGCCUCAAGGGAAAGUCUUCUAAUGGUAUCCUGUACGGUCAUAUAUCCUUUGAAUCAGCUCCCCACAGGGACAAGGACAAUAAAUGGUUCAUAAGUGAUGAGGAGUGGCCACAUUCGUCAUAUCCUCCUUGGGCUCAUGGUCCAGGUUACAUAAUUUCCCAAGACAUAGCAAGAUUUAUAGUUGAAGGCCACCAAGAGAAGGACCUCAUGCUUUUCAAACUGGAAGAUGUUGCUGUUGGGAUAUGGAUUGAGCAAUUUGAAAAGAAAGGGCAGAAAAUAGAGUAUGUGCACGAUGACCGGUUCAACAAUGCUGGAUGUGAAUCAGAUUAUAUUCUUGCGCAUUACCAGAAUCCAAGGAUGAUGCUGUGCCUGUGGGAAAAGCUGCAGAAAGAGCAUAAACCUGAAUGCUGUGAGUGAGUAAGCGAGUGAGUGAGGAUCACAAGUUGUAGAAGAAGAUUUUAUUUGGAAUCACUUUUUAAUUUAUAGGAAUUAUGAUGGGCUUAUGCCGACAAUGCUAGAUAGAUAUUGUUUGGACCUUUUGCACACAAUUAAGACUUCAUAUCCAAUUGAAUCGUGACAAAUGUAAAAUAAUAUGUUAAUUAUAUAUUUUUAUUUAUAUUUU